AUGUUUUUAUGACUGUUACGCCGGAUAGAAAACUAGGUAGCUCAGCUCCUGUACCUCGCACCGUUGCUCCUUCAUGGUGGAAGCUCUCUGAUGAGGAGAAGAAAAGAGCAAUGCAAGUGCAUGUACCUCAAGGAGUAAAUUUUUCUGCCAAGUAUAUCGCUUUCGACGAGGACGACGAUUCCGAAUAUGACCUGAACCAAGUGGUGUAUCGCGCAAAGAAGGGAGGCUUAUUGGAAGUUCAGCACGAUAUGAACGCACUGUCACAAGUCUCUGCGGAAGAGUGGAAGGAUCUUUUCGAUCGUCGGAGUGGUAGAACGGUUUAUCCGUACGGCUCAGGUGUUUGGUCAAAAAAGGAGUGGGUCCUUCCAACUAUUGAUGACGACGACGUUGUUUCUACUUUUGAAGGGAAUACUAACUUGCUUUGGGCGGAAAGGUUUGGUAAAGAAUUGGGAAUGACUGACUUGUGGGUGAAGCAAUGUGGAAAUAGUCACAGUGGUUCUUUCAAAGACUUGGGAAUGACCGUCCUAGUAUCUCAAGUAAAGCAUAUGAUACGUAAAGGAGCGAAUAUUUCAGCUGUUGGUUGUGCUUCUACAGGAGAUACGUCAGCAGCUCUUUCUGCUUAUUGUGCAGCUGCAGGGAUUCCAUCCAUUGUAUUUUUACCGGCUGAUAAGAUAUCCGUUGCGCAGCUUGUGCAACCCAUUGCUAACGGCAGUAUAGUAUUAUCCCUUGACACUGAUUUUGAUGGAUGCAUGAAACUGGUUCAACAGGUUACCAGCGAGUUUCCUAUCUACUUGGCCAAUUCAAUGAAUUCCCUAAGACUGGAAGGGCAGAAGACAGUGGCUAUCGAAAUUGCACAACAGUUUGACUGGCAGGUUCCUGAUUGGGUUGUUAUUCCUGGUGGUAAUCUAGGAAAUGUUUAUGCUUUCUAUAAGGGGUUCAAAAUGCUCCAGGAAUUGGGUUUGGUCGAUAGAGUUCCGAGACUGGCUGUUGCACAGGCACACAAUGCGAAUCCUUUAUAUCGUGCCUACAUGAGUGGAUGGAAUACUUAUAGUCCAGUUAAGGCAGAGAAGACUUUAGCUUCCGCAAUCCAGAUUGGAGACCCUGUAUCCAUAAAGCGAGCUAUUCGGGCAUUAAAAGAUACAGAUGGUGUCGUUGGUGAAGCAACCGAAGAAGAACUGAUGGAUGUUGCUGCAAGAGCAGAUAGGACAGGAAUGUUCAAUUGUCCGCAUACCGGAGUUGCUCUUGCAGUCUUGGCCAAACUUCGAGACCAGGGUUUGAUAAAGCAUGAUGAUAGGACUGUUGUCAUUUCGACAGCUCAUGGUCUUAAAUUUACAGAGUCGAAAACUCUCUAUCACGAAGGCAAACUUCAUCAGUGUCGUAGUUUAUAUGCCAAUCCAGUUAUACGUAUUCCUGCAGAUAUGGGUAGAAUAGUAGAUGCUUUACGUUCGAGGUCCAUUUUGUAGCGAACCAUUUGUGAAAAACUUGAAAUAUAAAACAAAUUCGUUGUAU